AAAAUUCAGAACUUUAUUGUGAUAAUUUUUUAUUGUCCAAUUUUGCCCUAAGAAGCAGGCAGCAGUGCCUGUCAGAUUUACAAUUUUAAUUUCAGUAAUAGACAUUAGGGUCAUUUUGGCAAACACUUUUAAUGUCAGUUCCUUGAAUGGAAUUAUAAAUGAUUUUUAUGGGCAAAAAAAUGCAAUAAACUCAAAUCAGAUGACUAUAUAUCUUCUGGAACCCCAGCAGUGAAUAAAAAUGAUGUGAUAUUAAGAGAAAGGAGACUUUUUGAAUAGGAUAAUAACACAGAGAUGAGGUAAGAGAUUUGAAAAAGGCUGCUGCCUUAUUUUAAGGAUGAUUAUUUUUUUCAUUAGAAAGAAAUAAAAUAUUUGUAUGAGGUCUGUUGGAAUAAAUACCAUCUCUCAGCGUUCCCUUGUGGUUUCCAGGCACUCAAAAGAUUCUGAUGAAGAGUCGAUGAAGAUUCCGGUUGGCCAGGAUCUGCGGGACAGCAGAGACUCAACCAAUAAGUCACAAGCCACCAGCAGCCAGGAAGCACCUGUGCUCAUCAAUGCAGAGAAGGAAGGUGACAUCACGGAGGAAUGGGUAAGACCAGACUUCAGCAAAAGUCAGGCCCAAGCUUCUACACAGUGGGUGAGGAGGAGCUCCAGGUCCAGCUACAAGGAGGAAUUGGUGGGCACAAACUACAGAAAAACGAACGCUGCAAUGGAAAUGAGGCGAAUAAACAGAAACUCCUUCUGGGCACAAGCAGAGCAUGAAGAAAAAGAGAGAAAGGAAGAGGAGAGGAGGCGAGCAGCAGAAGAGAGAUGGCGCCUCGAAAAAGAGCGAAUUCUAAGGGAAAAAAAGGAUGCAGAAGAAAGAGACAGUAAGAUGGAGGAGAAAUUGCAAAUGAUUGAGAAGCAGAGGAGAAAACAGACAGAGAAGGAAGAAGAGAUGCACAGAAAAGAGAAAUUCAAAUGGUUGCAGCAGCAUAGGGAGCAUGAGGAAGAUAGUAUGAGGGCUUGUCUGAGGAGGAGCGAGUCCAUAGAGAAGGCUGCUGAGGCAGCAGCAUUAGUGUCCCAACGUAUGAUGAACCUGAGGGAGUUCUUCAGACAGUUGUCUUCAUCAUCAUCUCCCACCAGCCCUGGAUCCUCAUGUAGUGGAAAACCAUUAAGACGAUACCAGCGCAGCUUGACAGACACAGCUUUUAUUUACUCCAAGGCAGAGGACAGCAUAGCAUCCUCCCCCCAUUGUCCUCCACUGGUCUCCCCCUUCUCUUUGAUUCCUCCUUCACCCAUCUACUGUUCAACAACUCCCCCCAAAAGCCCUGAUUUCCAUCCUGUCACCUCUCCCCACAGACCUACAGCUCUCGCAUUACCACCAACAUCACCCCUUUGCACUGCUCCUCCACUUGUAUUCCUUCCCAGUGAUCCACAGGCUAAAGUUCGGACCCACGUUGAGCCCAAAACUCCAUCCACAGAACAGUCUGCACCUCCGGCUUCACCCAGCAUCAUGGAGUCUUUGUCCCAGGGUUUAGUAAAAGACAGCAUCUCUGAGUUACAUUCAGAAACCCUGCCUGCCUCUCCCCUGAACACCCCAAAUCAGCCGGAGCAGAUCACCUUUGACUUUGACUGUGAUUUAUGUCCAAUGGCUCCAAGUGUCCCUCUCCCUGAUAGACCACAUAUCAACACAGGCCUCACCACAGUGUGCCCUGAGCCGGUCUUAGACACUGGUUUCAAGGUUUUACCAGAGCAGCAAAUGUGCGUCCGAGCCCUGUAUGACUACCAAGCAGAGGACGAGUCUGAGAUCUCCUUUGAACCCGGUGACAUCAUCAGGGACGUGGAAACGGUGGACAACGCCUGGUGGAGGGGGUGGAGCAAAGAUGGACGCCAAGGCUUGUUCCCUGCCUAUUAUGUGGAGACCAUAUAGACCAACAGA